AAAUAAUUUAAUUCUAGCUGUCAAUCCCCCAGAGGCUAGCAUGGCUUCCCGGGAUCUGACAGUGGAAUUCUUGGAGCUUAGGACGAGUAACAACACUUUCCUUCAACUAGAUCGAUGGACAAAGGAUGUGGAUCGCUUGCUUACAUCGAGUCAUCACGACCCGUGCAAUUUCGCCGCUGAAGAAGAUGGCGCAAUACCGGUAGGAGCAGCUCAGCCGUGGAUCGACUGUGCAAACGCCGUGGAGUUACACUGUAAUGCAAUCAAAUCUAAAUUGCGGUGCAUGACAUCACUUCACCGGCAGCGUCUUCUAGUAACAUUUGAUACGUCACAAGAGGAGACUGUGGAUCAGGAUCUACGAGAAAUAACUGUGAUAAUACAAGAAAGCGAGUCAGAUGCCUCGCGAUCCUCAAGGCUGAAUGCGCGGAAGUCCCUCGCUAAGCGGCUCCAGGACUUAGGAUGCAGCGAAGAUAUCGAGGCUAAGAGUACGGAAAUAAAUCAGCUCAAACCUAAACAACCGACUUCAUCCAGCGUCCUGGGGUGGCGAGAUAUUGAGGAUGAGCUCGCAUUUCUCACCGAGGGCAGAGAACAUUGUGCACUCAGACAUCUUCAAGAACACCGCCCGGGUGAAUGUGUCAUGUCUAUAGAAGAAAUUACACAGCUCGAGCAGAGCGCCGCUUUUGCCAGGGAGCGUGACGAGAAAAUGAAGACUAUAUCAAAAUCUAUCACAGAAGUCGCUCAAAUAUUCAAGGAGCUCGCUGUCCUUGUGAUCGAUCAAGGUACAGUCCUCGACCGGAUUGACUACAACAUGGAGCACACCUCUGAGCGGUUACAGACCGCGACAACGCAGCUCGUGGUGGCAAAUAGGUCACAGUCUAAUGCAAGGCCACUGAAGUACUCGAUCAUUCUUCUUCUCGUCAUUGUCUACUUAGAGAUCACACUCACUCAGAUCGCGCUUGAUCUUGCGUUACCUAGGCCACUCAGCAACUUGUCGACUAAAUUGCAUCAACCGCGCAUUCUUCCUCUAUUUUGUAGCGAAAUAGACGGAUAUACGGGCCGCAAGUGGAUAGAAACUUCACCAAGCGGUGAUUUGUUACCCGAGUUCGUCUAUGAAUAUACGCGCAAAUCCGUUGGACACAAGUGCAUUCGCACCUCAGAUCCAUUCCGAAUCCAGUACUACGCCAUUACCGAUGAUUGGGGCUUUGCCCCUGAUGAGGCUGCUUUCGGUCGGCCAUGUUACUUCCAGCAGAAUGGCCUUCUUUGCAAGGAAUGGAUGGGAGAGUGUGAUUCAUGGGCACGUUCCCGGGUGACGGCAGUGCUGCGACAGUUGUACGGCCGGCUAGGCCAGACCACAUCGAGCGAAAUCAGCCAGCACAAAAUGUUUCUUCAACUGGACCGUGAUUGCGCUGUUCUAUCAGAAUGCGAGAUUCUUGAGAAUCAAGGUGCGCCUGGCGAUCUUACCUGGGCAGGGGUAAACUUAGUUACCCAUCUUGUGCCCCUUUGUCUCGGGGCGAAGCUGGCGAUUUUUAGGGCCUCCUGGACGCGGGGGUGUUGGCGUUGGCGAGUACUGGACUCCCCGGAGCCCCUAGGUUUCCUUAAGUGCCCUACGUGCGCCCACUUCCGUCCGCGGUGGCCAUUGGGUCUGCGUUGGGUGAAAGGCGGUGGGGUAUGGUCGCUGGGUAUGGUUGACGCCACGCUCGGCCAAAUUGGUGAUAUCUGCUUCGUUUUGGGGGCCAUCACGGACCGCGUCUGCGAAUCCAACGACGACUAGCAUACGAGCGGGUGAGGUGGGUGUUAGUUAGGGACAUGUCCCCAGGCCGAACUUCCAAAUCCGCGCUGCUCAGGACCGUCUUCGGGCACCAUGUGCAUAAUAUGUAGCACGAAGUAUCGCACCAGCACCGGACCGGGGCGUGCCCCUACGGCUUGUAUUGUGCCCACAAAACCCGUGCGCAAGAUGUUCGGCAGCCAAUCAAAUAAAAUUGCUGCAGUCAGCGCUCUUGUGUCGCAGGCGACGUCCCCAGCGCUAAACUGAGACACGGGUGCACGAAUUUCAACUCCCUCGAAAGAGCCGAAGUGCCAUCGGGAAUUCAAUGCACCCGAGCCGACGAUGGCGUGUGUGCGUGCGGGGGUUACAGCAGGUUACAUGCCAGUUCGGCGGAUAUCGCCUUAGAGAUAGGCAUCGCAGGCGAAAUUGGUGAAUUCUAACCUCAAUUGAGAGCGCUUGGGGUACAUUGGUGGUAAUUUUGAUGCAUCAGGGCUGCCGUACAGGGAACAUGCCAAGUAUUUCCCCCCGACAGGACCCAGAGCGAUUCAUUUCAAAAUUUUGUUUGCCUCUGGCUAGUGUGAUGGUUAUGUCUCGCUGUGGUCAUAGAAUCCAGCUUAAUGCUAGUGAUACAGAAAGGCAAUCAUGCAUCAGGAGUCCUUUGUGCGAAAUAAAGAUAUAUGGUCGUUUCACUGACAAUACUACCGGUGGUGCAAGUCAAAGGGGUCCAAUAGAGAAGAUCCCAUCUCACUUUCUUGCAUCGGAUUGGCAGCUGAAUGACCUCGCUGGCGCGUAUUCACAAGGGCACGGAGGCACGAAAUAUAGUCUGUGUGGCAGUUGCCAUCAUCACAUGGGACAGGAACUUCAGAUUUGUCGCAACUCCCAUCAAAAGUCCUAGGCUUGACGCAGGAAGAGACUUGGCCGAAGCCAUACGGGUUAUGGGCU